AUGGCCACUACAAUAGCUUUAUCUGCAUCUUCUAUUCCAACUACUUUGAAACGUUCACAUGUGGAUAACACUGAUAUAUUUGAAUUCGAAGAGGGUCAUGAAUAUCUUAUAGCCUGGGUUGCUAGUAAUGCUGACACCAUAGUUCAUAACACUCUUAUUUCCGAUAUUAAGUUUCGUCGUAUUGUGGACUAUCUAUUAUUAUUUACCGAAAUAAAGAAAUGCGAAGAUUUUAUUAGACAAGUGAAAAAUGAAAAGAUAUUCAUUAUAACAGAAGCAUCAUCUGCUACACCAGAAGUUAUUGCUCGAAUACAUGAUUAUAGACAAGUUUAUUUUGUUUUCGUCUACAAACAAAAUAUUAAUAAUGCUUACACAUUAGAUGAAAUGGUACUAAGAAGACACAAAAAGUUGAAAGGUAUUUAUGAAAAUAUGGAGAAAAUCAUUUUGGACUUAUCAAGACAUCUACAUAUGUUCAACCAUCAUACUAAUCCUGAAUUACUUUACGUAUUCAAACCGAUCAGCGAAGAGCGAACAGUACAGAAUAGAUUAAACACAGAAUGGUUUCACUAUUUUCUGCAAGUUGUAAUACAUUUAAAACCAAUAUCAACUAGUAAACAAACUUUUGUUUCUCAAUGUACAGCAUUUUACAAGAAUAACACUACAGUAUCACAGCAAAUCAAGGAAUUUGAAGAAUGGUAUGAACCUGAAAAUGCAAUAUUUUGGUACACACGGGAUAAUUUUCUCUAUAGAUUACUUAACAAAGCUUUUCGUCAAAAAAAUCGUGAUUUAAUUUGGUUAAUGCAUUUUUUUAUUGUUGAUUUAUAUGAAAAACUACGAUCAGACUGCCUAAUACAGUCGCAACAAGGAUGGACGACAGAAGUUUAUCGCGGACAGUUAAUGACCAAACAAGAACUGAAUUCAUUGAAGCUUAGUUUACAUAGUAUAUUAUCUGCGAAUAGUUUCUUUUCUACUACAGUUCAGCGUGGAUUAGCAUUGAUUUUUUCAGGCGCAGGGGCUUCAGAGCAUUUACUUGACGAUGAUUUGCAGCCCGUGUUAUUUCAAAUUUCUUGCAACGGAUGCAACUUUGAACAACAGACGUUCGCAAAUAUUAAAGACAGAAGUGCCAAUGAAGACGAAGAAGAAGUAAUGUUCGUACCUGGAACGAUGUUUUUAUUUCAAAAACUAUUUUACAAUGACAAUGAGAAGGUAUGGGUUGCAAAUUUAAAAAUCGAUACAUUACUAGUCGAUCUGAAUCUUGACUUGGAUCGACGCAUAUUAAAAUUAGAGACACUAUUGGAACAAAAAUUUAUUCAGACCGACAAUGACGCGAAGAAAAUAAAACUAUCUGUCGACAAUCAAAUACCAAUGAGUGACACAAUGAAGAGUGAUUUUGAGUCACUUUUACAUGAACUUUCCUUAUUUGACCAAUACAUGGUACUAUGUAAAAUGAAUUCGGAAGUGACUGAUGAUGACACAAAAUUUAAGCUAAAGACAUUGAAAGCAUUACGUGACCAAACUAUGGUUCCAGAUGUUCUUUCAAAUGAAAUGCAAAUAUGCAUCUACGACUGUUUAGGUAUUAUUAAUAUUGGUAAUAUCCAGCUAACGCGCGCGUUAAACUAUUUCAGUUUAGCAGAAAAUAUUGAUUCGGAUAAAAUAAGUGCAUUGGCUCGUAAAGUUAAUGUAGCUAGUAUACAUAAGAUGAAUGGUAAUUACGUCAAAGCAUGGCAACUAUGCAAAGAAGUUUUGGACAAUAUAGACAUCUCGUCAUCUGAGGACAAUGUAUUCGGUAGUGUAGGUGUAGCAUCAUGUGGAGAUGAAACUAAAACCAUCAGCGUCGAUACUUUGUGUGAAUACGAGAAGUUCACAGAUUUCGUAGCUAUCAGUGAUAUUGAUAAUUACGAAAAUCACGUCCGUUCUGCAUACCUCGAUAUUGGGGAUCAUUACGAAGAAAUUGGUCAGCUAAAUCUCGCGAUAAAAUGCUAUCAGAAGGCCAUUCAAAUAGUAGUGGACGACUUAGAUUCGAAUGCUGACUGCUACAAAAAAUGUUCUGAAGCUUUCGAGAAGCAAAAUGAUUUUGAUCAGGCAAUUGAAUAUCGUCAAAAAAUGCAUAUCGAAUAUUCUCAAGAAGAAGAUGUAUAUGAAUCGACAUGUAAGGACGUUGCUAUUUCCUAUGGACGACUGGGAACUUUAUAUGUUAAACAAAAUAAACUUAUUGAUGCUUUGAAAUCAUUUCAUAGAUCAUUUAAUAAUUGGUCGAAACACAUUAAUUGGAAACGACUUGAAAUAGAGAACGAAAGUCUUACGGCACAUCAAGAAGAUCCUAUAUACGUAGAUCUAGCUAACACUUAUGAAGAAUUGGCUAAUGUUAUUAUCAAUAAUGAUGAUUUCGCAACGUUUUGUUUUCAAAGAGCCAUUGAAUUUCGCCUCUUGAAUUUACAUAUUGAACUGCGAAUGAACCGAAAAGAAAUUAACUGCGACCCAAAAAUUUCCAAGUAUUACGAUGCCAUUACUACUAUUGAUCAGCGACGAGAAUUAGAUGGUAAAAAUAAGUCAUGCCUCAAUAAAAAUAAGACUUAA